AUGAAGAAAAAGAAUACACAGAGCCAUCAUGACAAUGGUCAACUACAAACCAACAAUGGUGAGAAGAAAGGGGAGCAACAGAAGAAAGAGAUUGAUGUGAUUAUUGGAAAUCAGCAUCCAAUCACAUUGCCAGAUAGCCAUGCUCUCGAUGUAUCAUCACCCCUGACCCUCAGGGAUAUUAUCCGAGGUACUCAGCCAUCACCAAUAACAUUAACUUCACCUGCAAUGCACCAGACAGGAGGCACCAGAGAGGAUGGACCUGGGGCCUAUUCUGUAGUUGGUAUUAGACCGACAAGGAUCCCUGAGAUGGAGGAGCUGGGAUUGGAAUUGGUGCCUACAGCUCAAGAUGACAGAGAUCGUGAAGAUGGUCUUAUUCACGCUGACCCAAUUGAUGACUUAGAAAAUAGAACGAUUCCAACAGCUGAGCCAAUAACAACCAGGGCAAAAAGAUUGUGGCAGAAGAAACUAUUCUUGUUCCUCUCCCUGGAAGCAAUGGUUGCCCAAGUGCUUGUUUUAAUUAUUCUUGUGGCAUUUCUUCUUGCUCCAAAAUCAAGCAACCAAACUCAACCCGCAAAGCAGCAAAACGGAGUGAUUCCAAUACAAGAAAAUCCAGGGACAAUAGCAUCAAUCACACAAGCACCACAAUUUCUAUCAGAAAGACUACAUCUACCUGAAUACACCCUGAGGGCAAUGGAAAAUCCUAGAUCUCCUCAGGCCAAGGCAUAUCGUUGGAUAAGCAGCAAUAUCAACAAAUCCAACAAUACGCAACAUCUCCCAGUAUGGAGACUGAAGCAAAGGUUUGCACUGGCCACAUUUUAUUAUUCAACACGGGGGGACUACUGGGUAAAAAAUCAAGGCUGGCUGGAUUGGGACACCAAUGAGUGCAGCUGGGAGCAGCUACAAUUGUUGAAAGGAGAGGCAGCUUGUGCUGACAAUGGGAAACUCCUAUCAUUGAGAUUUGGGUAUGCCAACAACUAUGCCAACAACUUGGAUGGAACAAUACCACCAGAAAUAGCUCUGCUUCGUGAUAGCUUGGAAACACUUUCAAUAUUUCAGAACCCUCAGCUCAAAGGAAAUAUACCAAUGGAGGUUGGACUGAUGACAAGGCUGACGCUCUUGUUGUUUAGCACAACGAGCUUGUCUGGCACACUCCCAACAGAACUGGGUCAGCUAGAAAGCUUGGAGGGUCUUUCAAUCUCAGGUAGGGAGCUUGAUGGGACUUUACCUACUCAGCUGGGCAACCUAAGGAAACUGACAGCUCUGGGAUUUGGUAGAGCGAACUUUUCUGGGUCAAUCCCCACUGAGAUUCUUGGAUUGUCGAACCUGAAGACCUUCAGUUUCUUAGAGUGCCCUGGGUUGGAUACAGAAUCUUUCCUCCCUGAGGUAGUUGGAAACCUGCACAGUUUGAACAGUCUAAAUCUAGGCUAUCGAAAAACUGGAGGGUUCACAUCAAUUCCAUCUGAAAUUGGGAAGCUGACCAACCUGACAAACCUGAUUUUGAACGACUUCCAACUUAAUGGCACAAUUCCAAGUGAGAUGGGAUUGUUGACAAAGCUAAUCUACAUGAACUUGGAAAGGAACUACAUCACUGGCGCUCUACCAGAAGAGAUAUCAAAGAUGUCCCAGCUUCAACUGCUGCUCAUUAGUGCCAACCAACUAAAAGGCAGACUGCUAGAACAAGAUGUGCUUACCCAACUCACCCAGCUGCAGCAGUUGCGUAUCGAUGACAACCUUUUCUCAGGCUCUAUUGCAACAGAAAUAAGUUUGUUGUCUAGUCUUGAGAAUCUUGAACUGCAAGAUACCAACCUAUCUGGGACCCUUCCCACAGAGUUGCUUUUGUUGGACAACUUGACAAGCCUGGUAGUCAUGAACACAUCCUUGACAGGCAGUAUCCCUGAUGGAUUAUGCAAUGUCAUACUGUCGCCACAUGAAACAAAAAUGUUUGGUGGGAAUACCUAUGCCGUUCCAACGACCAACCUUUCAGUCUGCUACGACACUAAUCUAUGCGGCUGUACUUGUGAGAAUUGCCCAAAAGGCAUGACAUAA